ACAUUUUAACUACUGUUGACAUGACACAUGUAACCUACUAGUUGAAACAUUAGUAAUUUUUCAAUCCAGAAACCAACUAGAUAUCUAAAGAGAAUACUUUAUGCACUUAUAUUAUGUGAUUAAUUUACAAUUAAAUAUAAAGUAAAAUACUUUAUAAUUGGAGAUGGCCGGUGGGUCGGCUGCCGGACUAACCUCAGAUGGGAAUGAAUGCUGGAAGUUUUGUUGAAAAUGACAAGUUUUUGUAUAUAUAUAUAUAGGUAUGUAUUAUAAAAUAAAAAGUCUCAAUCUAAUUAAUAAAAGUUUGAAUAUUUGAGAGUACUUAAGGCCACGGUUGCCUGUCAUGUAUUACUUUUAUUAUGUUUCUGGAAGUACAAAAAUAAUGCUAACCAAGAAAUGAUCCCAAAUCUUGAAACUUUCCAUUUGCUGAUAACCGAAAUACAUCGAUGCCGUUUAUUCAAUUCACAAAGAAGGUGUUUUAAUUUCUUUGGUUUUGAUCCACAUUUAGUACUUGUUAUUUGGCUACAAUUCCACCAUUUCUACAUGUCUACAAUAACACCCUCUCGUCGUAUAAAAAUCGAAUACGUAUCUGCCCAUGUUCUGAUAAUUUCCAAGACUGGUAGUAAUUAGUUAAUCAAGACAAGUAGGUAUGUAUACUUUUCUCUCAUAGUUGAUAGCUGUAUGUAUUCAAAGGUAUACCAGUAAGGCAAGUUUUUAUUGGUUCACAUAAUGUACACCAAGCUUGAAAGUGACUCCAUUCUCCACAUAUUAUUGUCCAUUCAAUAAAAGUGCAUUCUUAAUUAGAGUUUUUUUUUUUUUUUUUGUUGCAUCAUAUUAUUUCAGUAGUUGUUUUUGUUUUUGUAAAAUAUUGGAGGUCAACUUUGUUUUUGCUUGUAAAGAGAAGGUCAACGGACCAAGCCAACAAAUCAAACUCUGCAGGAGGAGAUGUUUGAGCCUAGCAAUUGAAGCUCUGCAUUGCAAGAAUCAAAUAUACAAAGAAACUACAUAUAUCUUUAUUAUUCUGACACACUCAGAAUAAAGUACUUAUCUUUAUCUGUCACCGAUGUCUGGCUCCGAGGCCGCCGUUAACGACGUCCAAGGAGCAGUAUCUUUAUCCGUUAGGACAAAAUCUCUUGAUCAUUCCACACUAUCUAAUGAUCAAAGUAAAAGCCGCUUAAGUGAAUUAAACGGCACGGAUUACCAUAUCUCACUUCCUAGCGGUGAACAAUACUCCGGAUCACUCGUAGGGAACUCUCCGGAAGGUUCCGGAACCUACACCUGGUCCGACGGCUCCACAUAUGAGGGCCAAUGGAGGUUCGGAGUUAGGCAUGGAUACGGAAAACUCCAAUGGCCUUCUGGAGCUUUUUACGAAGGGGAAUUCUCAGGCGGAUACAUAAACGGAUCCGGGUCGUACACCCGAUCCGAUCGAGCGGUCUACAACGGCCGUUGGCGGUUGAACCUCAAACACGGGUUAGGUUAUCAAACUUACCCGAACGGAGAUAUUUUCGAAGGGUCGUGGAUUAAGGGGGCCCCACAGGGGCAUGGUAAGUACACGUGGACCAAUGGGAAUGUGUAUAUGGGAAAUGUGAACGGUGGUAAAAUUUCGGGGAAAGGAACUCUUACUUGGACAAACGGUGAUUCUUAUGAAGGGAGCUGGUUAGACGGUCAUAUGCAUGGAUUCGGGGUUUACACGUGGGUCAAAUUAUACGGUGGUGGGACUUACGUAGGUACAUGGACACGUGGCUUAAAGGAUGGUAAAGGAACUUUCUACCCAAAGGGGAGGAAAAUUCUUGAAUCUUCUCAGCAAAUGUACCUUAAUGCAUUGAGGAAACGAGGGUUGCUGCCUGAUUUAAGGAAACAGAAUAAUAAUAAUCGGGUGGUUAAUAAUGUUUCGUUGGAGAGAAGGUGGAGCAUGUCGGAGAUUGUUCUAGAAGGUGGUGUGGAUGAUGACGAUGAGAUGAUGAAUAUAGAUAUAGAUAUGCCAAUUUUGGAGAGAGAGUACAUGCAAGGGGUUUUAAUAAGCGAGCUUGUUUUGAGCGAUCGUUUUUGCAAGAGGAGAGAGAAGAGGCUUGCCAGGGAGAUUAAGAGGCCGGGCGAACAAAUUAUUAAAGGGCAUAGGAGUUACGAUUUGAUGCUGAGCUUACAGCUUGGAAUCAGAUAUAGUGUAGGGAGAAUUACUCCCAUACCAAUGCGAGAAGUUAGGACAGCGGAUUUCGAUCCUCGUUCAGGAUAUAUGAGGUCCUUCCCUAAAGAGGGUUCGCCGCAGACGCCACCUCAUCAGUCCGAGGAUUUCAAGUGGAAAGAUUACUGUCCAAUUGUUUUCAGGAAUUUGAGAGCGAUGUUUAAGAUUGAUGCUGCUGAUUAUAUGAUGUCGAUAUGUGGAAACGAUGCCCUGAGAGAACUUUCUUCACCUGGCAAGAGUGGCAGCAUAUUUUUCAUGUCUCAAGAUGACCGUUUCAUGAUCAAGACACUACGAAAAUCCGAAGUUAAGGUUCUGCUGAGGAUGCUCCAGAACUACCAUCUUCAUCAGUGCAGAUACGAAAACACGCUCUUAACCAAGUUUUUCGGUCUCCACAGGAUCAUACCUUCCAGUGGUCAAAAGUUUCGGUUUGUUGUAAUGGGAAAUAUGUUCUGCACGGAGUUAAGAAUUCAUCGGAGAUUCGAUCUGAAAGGUUCUUCGUUGGGGCGUUCUGCUAACAAGGUUGAAAUUGAUGAGAACACUAUAUUGAAGGAUCUGGAUUUAAAUUACUGCUUCUAUUUAGAACCUUCUUGGCGAGAUUCCCUCUUACAGCAAAUUGAGAUAGACAGCAAAUUCUUGGAAUCAGAGCAGAUAAUGGAUUACAGUCUCUUGCUCGGCAUUCAUUAUCGAGCACCGCAAAACCUCCGUUAUGGAUUAGGCAUCGUUGCAGAAGAUGAGGAUGAAAUAUCUCCACGAGGGCUUGUGCUGGUGCCACGUGGAUCUGAUGACGUCAGCGUGAUUGUGGGGUCGCAUAUUAGAGGCAGCAGGCUGAGAGCCACCACAUCUUCGACUUUCGGUGACGAGGAAGUGGAUCUUCUCCUCCCUGGUACUGCAAGACUGCAAAUCCAGCUCGGUGUGAAUAUGCCGGCAAGAGCGGAGCAUAUUCCGGGGCAUGACGGCGGGAGUACCCACCGUCAGAUGUUUCACGAGGCGUACGAUGUUGUCCUGUAUUUAGGUAUUAUCGACAUACUGCAAGAGUAUAACACGACGAAGAAGAUCGAACAUGCGUAUAAGUCUGUUAAGUUCAAUUCGGUCUCGAUCUCUGCUGUUGAUCCCACAUUUUACUCUCAGCGCUUUCUGGGAUUCAUUAAGAAGGUUUUCCCGCCAAAUUCUGUUGUGGUUUAGUUUGACGAGUGUGAUUUCACUAAGUCGGCCCAGUAAUAUUUUGGGCCUUCAUCGUAUCUGAGCCCAACUAGAAAGCGUGUUGGAAAUUGUAAAUUGCGCUUUCUAAUUUUUCCUUCAUGCAUCUUUUAU